AUGGCGAAUCAGACUGCCACCGUGGGGGAGUUUGUUUUGCUGGGAUUUCCCCUCAGCAGGCAGGUGGAGCUGCUGUUCCUGGUGCUGCUGCUGCCCACAUUCCUGUUGACCCUCCUGGGGAACCUGCUCAUCAUCUCCACUGUGCUGUCCUACUCCCACCUCCACACCCCGAUGUACUUCUUCCUGUGCAGCCUCUCUAUCCUGGACAUCCUCUUCACCUCAGUCAUUUCUCCAAAAGUGUUGGCCAACUUAGUAGCUGGGGAUAAAACCAUCUCCUUUGCUGGGUGUAUCACCCAGUGCUAUUUCUACUUCUUCCUGGGCACAGUAGAGUUUCUCCUGCUGACAGUCAUGUCGUAUGAUCGCUACACAGCUGUCUGCUACCCGCUGCACUACACCAUCAUCAUGACUUCUGUCUGCAUUGGGACCGUUGUGUUCUCAUGGGUGGGAGGCUUCCUGUCUGUGCUCUUUCCAACCAUCCUCAUCUCCCAGCUGCUCUUCUGUAGCUCCAACCUUAUUAACCACUUCUUCUGUGACAGUGGGCCCUUGCUGGCUGUGGCCUGUGCAGACACCACUGCCACUGAGCUGAUGGAAUUUAUGCUUUCGUCCACCAUCAUCCUCUGCUGCAUAGUCCUGGUGGCCUAUUCCUAUAUGUACAUCAUCUUGAUAAUAGUGCGCAUCCCUUCCUCAAGUGGAAGGAAGAAGGCCUUUAACACCUGUGCUUCCCACCUGACAGUUUCUGGUGGCAUCACAGUGUUUAUCUAUGUGACACCCUCCCAGAAAGAAUAUCUCGAGGUCAACAAGAUCCCUUCAGUACUGAGCAGUGUUGUGACUCCAUUCUUCAGCCCCUGUAUAUAUACUCUGAGGAAUGACAGUGUGGGGGUGCUCAAGGAUGUGUGGGCCAGGGUUCAAGCAGUUUUAGAAAAGAGAAUAAUGACAAUGCUGAGGAGCAAAUUGUCCUCUUACAAAGACCAAUAAGGGGGGGACUAGUCCCUCUACCUCUUUGCCACCAUGUAUGCAAUGAAUAAAUCCCCAGUAACAGAAAGAUAGGACUUGCCUUAGCAAAGGGAUGAGCCAGCUAAGGGAUUCUGAAUGGUCUAUAGUAGAAAGAAGGCUGAGCUUGGAGACAGGGAUUUGGUUCUAACUUGAACUCUGUGGCCACAGCUGUGUCCCUGUGUCACCAGCCACUCUGACCCUCAGCCCUCUCAUUUGAAGUGUGUAAGGGCUGAACUUGAUGACCUCUAGAUUCAUCCACACUGAAUGUUCUGAGAACUACAGAAAAGCCUAGCAGCCUGUGUCCUUUUUAAGUCCUAA